CCCUGUCUUUUCGUCGAGAAAAUUUGAUCAAUUGCAUUGAGAGACCAGCUGACCAAAUCCAUAUUUUGGAAGAAUCUGAGUGUCAUGUAACUUUUGUCAAUUCAGUUAAAAUACAAGUUGGGAUCUACUGGUUAUAUGUUCUGUUGGAAAAGACGGGUGUUUUUAUUGUUGGUUUGAUUGAAGAAUUACUAUUACCUAUAACUGAGUAAAAAACUUCUAAAAUCGCUGAAGCCCUUUUCGGACGUAUCGGUUUCCCUUCCUCCCAUGCAGUUCCUCAAAAAUCUAACUGAUACCUGUCGUUGCUUUGUGGACUUCAGUGGGCGUGGGGAACCUAAACAAAAAGGGCCAGGAGCUGAAAGGAAACACAGCAUUUCCUACAAGAGUCUGUGAAAGAUGAAGAGUCUGCAAGAAGGCAUGGGUGCAAAAGGAUUGAUUGUGAUGGCCCUGGUCACCAACAUCUGUGAAGGAGCAUUGCUUGGGAAAUCAUCAGCAUAUGGCUUCCUGCAGAAAGUGAGGGAAAGGCGUGGACUGGAGUGUUUCCCUGAAGGAUGUAGCACAGAAAUCAGCGAGGCUGAGGAGCUGAUAGACGUCAAUGUUGGAUACAAGGAGAGUGACAGCAUCCUGUACAACGGAGCAGUGGCCAGUAAAGAAAUAAACCACAAAUAUGAGAAACCCACAACUGAAACUGUGUCGGAUGAAGGAUCUGGAAUGUAGCCAGGAGGGAAAAGUACAAGAAGAUGUUGGUUUCUCUGAAGCAUCUUCACAUAAAGUUCAACGUUGCUUGCAUCUCAGCAAAGAAACAUCAGAUAAUGUUAGAUAUACAUCAAUAAUGUUGUAAACAAGCAUGAUGUGGUACACACAUAAAGACUGCUGACCCAGUCUAAGUUCCAUUUAACAGCAAUAAAAGAAAAUAAAAAGAAACUGGUUCAUAAAAAAGAAGAAAACAAUGUAGUUAAUCUGAUGUCACAUGUUAAAAUUUAAGAUUUUAAAAUGUUAUAAGCAAACACUCAGUUUAGUGAGUAUGAAUGUAUAAUUAAGAUCCUUGAGUUGGCCUCCAAAGAUGGGUGUUUGAAUUGAUUUAGAAAAGAUAUAAAGGGUUACUUUUUUUUAGCUUUUUUUUGGACAUUACUCUUUGAAGAGGUUCUUGUCUUCAAAUCUUUUCCCACAUAUAAUAAGCAUCAUAUAAAAAAUUAAAUAAGUUUUUUUGUCUUCUAAUUUAGCCUGUAAAUUUGUUUCUGCAUUGAAGUGCAUGUAACUGUACGGGGCCUACCAAACUAGGCCCUCACCCUCCUGCCACAUGUUUGUUUCUCUUAUUUAUGUACACCAUUUGCUGUCUUACUGAAUCUUAAAUCGUUUUUUAUCCAUUGUAGUCUACUCAGAGGUCAGUUUUUAAUGACCUCUUAGUGGUUUAGUCAUUUACUUAAAUUCCAUCUUAUGUUAAAACAGCUACUUGUGAUCACAAUCUGUUAUCACUAAUUGUCUUUAUAUUAUUGUAUUUAAUAUCGCAAAGCUAAUAACAGAACUGAAACACUCUGUUAUGUAAUAGGGCACUUUAGCUUUCCCUAUUAUUAUUAUUAACAAAUAAUUGUAGUGUUUAGAGUGAUAAAGGACCUUUGAUAACAGUGCAGUUUUGUUUCCAUUUGUCACAUGCUGAUCACGGGUUUGUGGGUGCUUUACCUUCGCAUUUCUACCAUGCACUCUAACGUUGCGAGAAAUAUACAUAUUUUAAUAUAUAUUAUGCUUAUUUUGUUCGUAAACUUAAUAGUUUGCUUUACAUUUGAGGAUUUCUUAUCGCAAAUGUGACUUUAGAUAUGCGUGGGCUUUUAGAGAGCGAUAGGAAACAAACUUCCACUCUUAGUUCAUAUUUUUGCUUUCAAAAUAGUUAAAAAGAGUUGUUUAAUACAACAACAUCUACUGUUUCUCAAACCUUUUUUGAAUAAUGUACUUAUAGAAUCAUUUCAAAAUUUAUAAUAAAUAUGAUCUGGCGUUAAUUUUGUUGCGAUGUAAACUGUGCCAGAGGUUUUUCUGCAGACUACAAACUAAAAACGCGAGACCUAUCCUGGUAUAGCAAAAAUAAUUAUAAACGUUCCAAUAAGUUUUAUCAUCCUCGUUUAUUUAUUUUAUUACUAGUUAAACUUCCCAUUUCUGACAGCUCCUGAAGGCAGCAUAUCGAACGACAGCACUUGGUGUUACAGCAGCAGCUGGCUACACACUUUAGAAACUACAGCGGCGAAGUCGUUCAAGAAGAAGCCAUUUUCACAAUGUCAGCCGCCGGUCCAGAAGGUUCUGCUGCAGCAUCAGGCAACAAGCGCUUGCAGCAGACACAGGCCCAGGUGGAUGAGGUAGUGGAUAUUAUGCGUGUUAAUGUGGACAAAGUACUGGAACGUGAUCAGAAACUGUCUGAACUGGAUGACAGAGCAGAUGCACUGCAGGCUGGAGCCUCCCAGUUUGAGACCAGUGCGGCUAAGCUGAAACGGAAGUACUGGUGGAAGAACUGCAAGAUGUGGGCCAUCUUGAUAGCUGUUGUGGUGAUCAUCAUCAUCAUCAUUAUUAUUUGGAGCACCUCAAACUGAAGAGGAUUGGAGGAAAAGAUGAAGAUUUGGGCAAUAUGCAUACUUCAGAUAUUAUAGAAAGAAAUCAAAAGAUCACAAUAUUCACCUCUCUAUGGGUCUUCCUUUCUUCUCCUGGAUUGACUUGAGUGUUUAUGUGUGUCUCUGUGUCUAUGUAAAGGAUUGUGUUAAAACUGCAGUUUUGCUUAUGUGACUUACAGCACACACACACACACACACACACACACACACACACACACACGCAAAAUGCAUUCUUGAGACUAGAAGUGAAGAAUAUUGUUGUAAACUCUGAACUUCUAUAUUAAUAGUCACUGAUAUUGUGUGCCUGGCUAAGAAAUGUGCCUUUUGGGGAUUUUGUUAGUUUUUAUGCCCCUUUUCUACCACAGACAGGUUUUUGUUUUUCAAACUGUAAUGUUUUUUUCCAAGAUUUAGUCUCUUUUGCCAAUGGUUACAAUGGACUUGUGAACAAUAGGAUUUAAAUAAAAUUUAUUUUGUGUUUUUGCACACAAUCAAGUGCUUAUUGAGUUACUCUUAGUAGAAAAUGUUAAAGACAGAAGUAAUGUAAGAGGUCAUCUACAUAAACAUUAUGCUAAUUAGCAAGAACCUGGUAAAAAAACAUGUGAUCAUAAUUGUCCUCAUUCAUGUGGCACUUGCAUCUUGUAAAUGCUUAUGUUUAAAUAAGUACCUAAAAGACCAAACAGCCAAAUUGCCUUACAAAAACCAGAGAAACUGCCUCGAAAUAAGAAAAAAAAAGAAAUAAAAAGCCUCAGCCUUAAUAACCGGUGAGUUGUUUUACUUGGAGGCUCUCAAAGAUUUGUCAAAAAGAUUGCUUUUGUGUAGUGUUCAAGCACAGUGCUGUUAGAAAAUAUAGUUUUAGACUGAUGUCUUGAAGGUCUCCUAAAUGAGAACAGUCAAAUAUACCCAGCCAUAGUUGUUUUAUCAUUUGUUCAAGCCAGUAACGCACUAUCACCUUCUGAAUGCUCAGACUGUCAGAGCAAAGACUCCCCCCCUUGCUACAGUCAGUUAAACCUAACCUUUAAUAAACUUUUCAGUUAUGUCAUACCUGUAUUUAUUCCAUCUGAUAAUGUAAUAUACUUCCCAGAUGUGAUACUUAAAUUUUAGUGUAAAGUAUGCCUUUAUUUGCAUGCAUAAAAUGUAGAACUAAUCAAAUACUUGGAGGAAGUAUUUUUAUGGUGGUUUUCUCGCUACUGCUUAGUAUUUACACCAUUACAUUGUAAUAUAUUCUAUACAACACUGGAUUUGGAGUUUUGUUAUUUUUGUGUAUAAUCUUUCCAUUACUGUUUAUGUUUUGUUUUUUUGUUUGUUUGGUUUUUUUUGCAUUUUCAGAAUAUCUAGUGCUAAUAUAACAUUGCCCUUCAAAAUGCAUGCACGAUACAGGAUAAUUAAUGCACAUAUUAUUGUGGUCUUUUUUUUUUUUUUAGAUGAUAGACAACUGUUUAUAGGUAAUACUUUUAUCGCAUACGUUAAGCCAUGUUCUCAACUGUCCUCCCAUUGUAUUUGCUCAAAAAUCUGACACCCUUUAACUUUUAAGCCUUAGUUCUAAUUACAUGCUGGGAAUUUUUUUGUAAAAGUGCAGUUGUACUUUGUGGCCUUAAAAACAGUUGCUUGAAUAAAACGGAUGAAAUUUA